AAAUUAAUCGUUGAAGCUCAUGUUUGUCUUGACUUAAAGAUGGCAGCGUCCAUGGUUUCGGGAGAAGUUUUGAAACAAAAAAUAAAAUAUUUUGUCAUUAUCUCAAGACUUGCAGUUAUUUUGCUUCAGAUUGUGUUCAAUGCAAUUUUACCAGACCAUGAUGCUGGAGCAUUCAACCCAGGGCAGCAGAAGCACAGCACAAUUUCUGAUCAUAUAGUGUCAUUCUUGCUUGGGGGCUUCAAGAGAUGGGAUGGCAUAUAUUACACACAUAUUGCAGAGCAUGGAUACACUUAUGAGAACACUCUGGCAUUUUUCCCACUUUUUCCAGUAGUUGUUAGGGUUACGGCUAACACUAUAAUGUUUCCAUUGCAACUGCUAAUGAGUUAUGGAAGUGUUUUACUUAUAGCAGCCACAGUAUUGAAUGCAUUGUUAUUUCUUAAAACUGCAGAGAAUUUAUAUAGACUAGGAAAGAUUGUAACUUGUAAUGACACUGUAGCAUAUACAGCCACCUUGCUGUUCUGUAUAAACCCAGCAUCAGUGUUCAUGUCAGCCCCAUAUUCAGAGUGCAUUUAUUCUUAUCUAACUGUGACAGGACUACUUAAACUUGAAGAUGGUAAAAAGUUGUCAGCCUCAGUUUUCUUUGCAUUUAGCUGUUUAACACGUUCAAAUGGUUUACUCAAUCUAGGUUACUUAGUAUACACACUUUCUAAGAAAGCUUUGCAGACACUCAGACAACUGUCCAAAGCUGUUAUGAUGAAUAUUAAUGUGAUUUUGACUAUUCCAUGGAUUUAUUUCAUUACGACACUAGUGCCAUACAGUGUGUUGAUGAUUAUAAGUGUUCUACCUUUCGUCAUGUACCAAUAUUACUGUUUCCAGCUUUACUGUAAAAAGGAGUAUGUGUUAGUUAUACCUGAACAUUUGAUACAGUAUGCAAGGACAGAAGGAUUGAAAUUACCCAGUGAUGAGUCUUCACCGUGGUGUUAUUCUUCAUUCCCUUUAGCUUACAGGUAUAUACAGUCACAUUACUGGGAACAGGGAUUAUUCAGAUACUGGGAGAUUAAGCAGAUACCAAAUUUCCUUCUGGCAACACCUGUUACAGUUCUUGUCUUCUCACUGGCAGUCCAUUACUACAGAAACAAUAGAUACACAUGUGUAACCCUUGGGCUGGACGAAACUGGGGCUGCAAAAAAAGAAAUGCAAAGAGGUCCUUAUUUUCAGCUAGAGGGCAUGAGAUUACUGCCGUAUGUUAUCCAUGCAGUAAUGCUCACUGUGUUUGGAUGGUGCUUCAUUCAUGUUCAGGUAUUAACAAGACUACUGUUUUCAUCUACACCUGUCUUAUAUUGGUAUUCAGCUUAUCUUCUGCUGGGAGAUCUGCCGAGACAACAACAACAGUUCAACAAAUUUGAUAUCUCAAAACAGUCACUGCCGCAAGUGGAAACAAUGGAAAAUCUCAGCAAACCUUGGAAAAACCUUGUCACAAAUUGCAUUACUAACUUCAAGCAAAAACAUUUUGUGGCAAAGUUUAUAAUUGUGUAUUUUAUUACUUAUUUUGUAGUAGGAGUGGCAUUGUUUUCAAACUUUUUACCCUGGACUUGAUUCAUGAAUGUAAAUUUUAUCGAUUAAAAAGAAUGUAAUGCA